AUGGUUUCAUCUUCGACCUCUUCAGACGCCCAAUCUCGCCUCCAACAAAUCACAUCUCAUAUGUCUACCACAAACGCAAUGAAGGCUACAUCGUUCGGUGCAAGUGUCGUGCCUCAGGCCCCUGAGGAUCCCCUGUUUGGAUUGAUGGCCGCCUUCCGCCGCGACACUGCUUCGAACAAGGUCGAUCUUGGUAUUGGAGCAUACAGAGACAACAACGCAAAGCCUUGGGUACUACCCGUGGUGAAGAAGGCCGAUGACCUUCUUCGUCAAGACCCCAACCUCAACCACGAAUACCUGCCAAUCGCUGGUCUAGCCGACUUCACCACCGCCUCGCAGAAGCUGAUCUUCGGUGCCGAUUCGCCUGCUCUCAAGGAGAACCGCGCCGUCGCCCUCCAGACCAUCUCAGGAACCGGAGCUGUGCACUUGGGCGCUGCCUUCCUGGCCAAGUUCUAUACCCCUUCCAACCCGGAGGCCAAGACUAUCUACGUUUCGAACCCUACAUGGGCCAACCACAACCAGAUCUUCUCCAAUGUCAAGCUCCCGAUCAAGAACUACCCUUACUUCUCUGCUGAGACAAAGGGUCUUGACUUCAAGGGCAUGAUCCAGACGAUAGAGCAGGCCCCUGAAGGCAGUGUGGUCCUGCUGCACGCUUGCGCCCACAACCCCACAGGUGUGGACCCUACUCAAGAUCAGUGGAAAGAGGUUGCCUCGCUCAUGAAGAGCAAGUCCCAAUUCCCCUUCUUCGACUGCGCAUACCAAGGCUUCGCAUCUGGUGACCUCAACAAGGAUGCUUGGGCGAUUCGUUACUUCGUCGAGCAAGGCUUCGAGAUGUUCGUCGCUCAGAGUUACGCCAAGAACUUCGGUCUGUACGGCGAGCGUGCUGGAUGCUUCCAUUUCGUGACUGGUCCCUCUUCUGAUGCUGCCGACACUGCUGUCCGUGUUGGCAGUCAGCUUGCCAUUCUCCAGCGUUCCGAGAUCAGUAACCCUCCGGCAUACGGUGCCCGCAUUGCGUCGGUCAUUCUCAACGACGAGAAGCUGUUCGCUGAGUGGGAGGAGAAUCUUCGUGAGAUGAGCGGUCGUAUCAUCUCAAUGCGCAAGGCCCUCAAGAGCAAGCUUGAUGAGCUGCAGACUCCCGGCAACUGGGAUCACAUCACCAACCAGAUCGGCAUGUUCAGCUUUACUGGUUUGACCGAGAAGCAGGUCUUGAAGAUCAGAUCAGAUUCUCAUGUAUACAUGACUAAGAACGGCAGAAUCAGCAUGGCUGGUCUGAACACUAACAAUGUCGAAUACUUUGCCAAGGCUGUUGACAAGAUCGUCCGCGAGACUUCAUAG